GUCUUUGUACGGAGUCUUUGACUGUUGAUUCCGGACUUUGUGCUGCGGCUCUCAAACACACUAAGCUCUCCAACAACACUCGUCUCAGUUUAUUUCAUCUGUUCAACAGCUCGGAAGAUCUCUGAAUAAUGGCUUUCCAGUAUCCAAACGCCCAUAAGGACGAAUCAGUGGUGGAUGACUAUCAUGGCUGUAAAGUUCGUGACCCGUACAGCUGGCUGGAGGAUCCUGACAGUGAAAAAACACAGGCAUUUGUGAACGCUCAGAAUCAUCUGACCCUGCCGUUCCUGGAGCAGUGUGAGAUCAGAGACAUCUUUAAGGACCGUAUGACUGAACUCUAUGACUACCCCAAAUACAGCUGCCCCUUCAAACGCGGGAACAGGUAUUUUCACUUUUACAACACUGGUCUGCAGAACCAGAGUGUUUUGUACAUGCAGAAGAACCUCGAAGCUGAGCCCAGUGUGUUCCUGGACCCAAACAGCUUCUCAGAGGACGGGACGGUUGCUUUACGAGGUUAUGCGUUCUCUGAGGAUGGCGAGUACCUGGCAUACGGCACCAGCGCCAGCGGCUCUGACUGGGUUGAGAUCCGGUUCUUGCGUGUGGACGGCGCCGUACUUCUGGAGGACCGACUGGAGAGGGUCAAAUUCACCUGCAUGUCCUGGACUCACGACGGAAAGGGACUCUUCUAUAACUCUUAUCCUGAGCAGGAGGGCAAGAGUGACGGCACUGAGACGUCCACUAACCUGCACCAGAAGCUGUACUAUCACGUGUUGGGAACCCCUCAGUCUCAGGACGUCCUGUGUGCCGAAUUUCCCGAUCAGCCGAAAUGGAUGAGCGGUGUUGAGGUGUCUGAUGACGGCCGUUAUGUGCUGUUGUCCAUUCGAGAGGGCUGUGACCCCGUCAACAGACUGUGGUACUGUGACCUGAACGCCGUGCCGCAGGGAAUCACUGGUUUGUUGCCAUGGGUGAAGCUGAUCGAUAACUUCGAUGCGGAGUACGAAUACGUCACGAAUGAAGAAACCGUUUUCACUUUCAAAACCAACCUAGACGCUCCUCAGUAUCGACUCAUUAACAUCGACUUUGCCCAGCCGUCCAUCAUCAGCCAAUGGAAAGAGCUCAUUCCCCAACACGACAAAGAUGUUAUCGUGUUUGCUACCUGCACAUACUCCAGGUUCCUGUUUGUGUGUUUCCUCCAUGACGUGAAGAACGUGCUGAAGAUGUUCCAUCUGUCCUCGGGGGAGGAGAUACGCACGUUUCCGCUUGAUGUCGGCUCGAUUGUGGGCUUCACUGGGAGGAAGAAAGACUCUGAGAUCUUUUACAGCUUCACCUCGUUUCUCUCUCCAGCGAUCAUCUAUCACUGUGAUCUGACUAAAGAGCCGCUGCAGCCGCACAUCUUCAGAGAGGUCACGGUGAAGGGCUUCAGUCCUGCUGACUAUCAGACCACUCAGGUCUUUUAUCCCAGUAAAGACGGCACCCAGAUCCCAAUGUUUAUUGUCCAUAAGAAAGGAAUCAAGCUGGAUGGUUCACAUCCUGCCUUCCUGUACGGAUACGGAGGUUUCAACAUUUCCAUCACACCCAGCUACAGUGUCUCUCGGCUGAUAUUCGUCAGGCAUCUGGGAGGGGUUUUAGCUGUUGCCAAUAUCAGAGGAGGUGGAGAAUAUGGAGAGACGUGGCAUAAAGCGGGGAUGUUGGCCAAUAAGCAGAACUGUUUCACUGACUUUCAGUGUGCAGCUGAGUAUCUGAUAAAGGAGGGUUACACCUCCCCCAAAAAAAUCACCAUCAAUGGAGGCUCCAACGGGGGGCUGCUCGUGGCGGCGUGUGUGAAUCAAAGGCCUGAUCUGUUCGGCUGUGCUGUGGCUCAGGUCGGCGUCAUGGACAUGUUAAAGUUUCAUAAGUUCACCAUCGGACACGCCUGGACCACUGAUUUCGGCUGCUCGGAAAUCAAAGCGCAAUUUGAUUGGUUAAUCAAGUAUUCUCCUCUUCACAAUAUCCGUGUUCCAGAAGCUGACGGGGUUCAGUAUCCCGCCGUUUUGUUGUUAACGGGUGAUCAUGAUGACCGCGUGGUGCCGCUGCACUCGCUAAAAUAUAUGGCCACACUGCAGAGUGUGAUCGGUCAGUGGCCCGGCCAGUCAAACCCUCUCUUUAUCUACGUGGACACAAAGUCGGGCCACGGCGCAGGAAAGCCCACCAGUAAAGUCAUUCAGGAGGUGGCCGACACGUACGCCUUCAUCACUCGCUGCUUGAACCUCAGCUGGAUCGAAUGAAGCGAAAGUUACGAGGCUCUAAGCUGUUCCUCUACUCCUGCAGGUUUUUCUUCUGACAGUUUGAUUUCGUUCUUGCCUGUUUGCUCUCCUGUUCACUGAAAUAUUCACCUUUUUUGCUCUCUUUCUGUCCCACUUCUCCACGGUUUCAUUAUUUAAUGUUACAUGCAAGUAAAACAGUCCAGUGUUGGUUGAAAACUGAAUCGCAUUAAUGACUGAUUUCAUAUCAAUUCACCAUCUGUCACGGUGUACACUUAGGAAAUAUUAGAAUUACCGAGGUCACGGGGUGAAGUGUCAUAACCUCUCUAGCACUUUACUAAAACUGUAUUUAUUUGACGACGGGAAGACAUUAACAGUUUAUGGAUCACUGCAUCACUUUGAUGCACAGCACCCAUCAAAAAUAAGUUUGCAAGUGAAUCACAUGCUCAGGUCACAUUUUGCCCCAAAAACUAAAAUAAUUUUUUUUUUUUAGGAUUUUUAUGUAUUAUUACACUAUUUUUAAUGGCAGCUAAGCACAUUUGAAAUAGUCAAGUGUUAUGGAUUUUGUCUGGACAUGCUUCCCAUUAAUCUCAGAAGUGAUUCUUAUUACUAAACAUGAUAAUAUAAUACAUUUUUAAAUUUAAAUCAGCAUAAAUUAUAUAAAUCCUCUAGAAUGUAAUAAAUUAGUUUUUGCAUACAGUAUUGAGAACUGGAGAGGAAGAAUAUACUUAAUUGUCAUGAAAAUAGCAUCACAUAUCAUUUCUUUUGAUUGGAGUUGAAAUAUAAGAAGGGCAUAUUUGUUAACAUGAGAUUCACCCUUACAGUGUUUGUCAGUGUGUGUGAAUGAGCUGUAUCUCUCGACAGAAAUCUGUUUCUACCUCCACAUUUAUGCAGAUUGUUUUAUCUUGGAAGGGAAAAGCAAACAAAAUAACCUAGUACAAUA